UAUUUGCUAUUUCAAGAAACUCAUGCUGUAAAUUAUAGUAGUACUUGCAGAUUAAAGGCUAAUGAAGAUAAUGCAGAUGAUGAAACACAAUCAAAAGAUAAUAAAAAAACUGAGAAAGAUUCAUUACCUUCCAUAGAAAUUAAUCCAAAUGAGCAUAAAUUACAAUAUGCAUAUGCAUUAUGGUACAGUCGACGCAAUCCUGGUAAACAAUCAAGUAUACAAAGUUACGAUCAAAAUUUAAAAUUGGUUGGUAGGUUUGCAAGUGUGGAGCAGUUUUGGAGUCUUUACAGUCAUUUAGUCCGGCCAUCAGAAUUAACAACAUCUACAGAUUUUCAUCUUUUCAAAGUUGGCAUAAAACCAAUGUGGGAAGAUGAGGCAAAUCAGAAAGGUGGUAAAUGGAUAGUACGUUUAAGAAAAGGUUUAGUUUCCAGAUGUUGGGAAAAUCUUAUAUUAGCUAUGUUAGGAGAACAAUUUAUGGUUGGAGAAGAGAUAUGUGGAGCUGUUGUAUCUAUAAGAUUUCAGGAAGAUAUAAUAUGUGUAUGGAAUAAAACUGCAUCUGAUUAUGCAACAACAUCACGUAUAAGAGAUACAUUAAGGAGGGUCUUACAUCUUCCAGCAAGUGCCUCAAUGGAAUACAAAACUCAUAAUGAAAGUCUGAAGAAUGUUCAUCGACUC